AUGGCGGGCAACGAUAGUGACUCUAUUGAUAAUUCAAGUGGUGGUCUUGCUGCCGCUGCUGCUACUGGUGGUGGUGAUGUUUCCGGUCAUUUGGGCGGCAAUCCUAGAAAGGAUGGUGAUGGUGAUGGUACAACUCUGGUGAUGAUGAUAACUGUGGUGACGGCGGUGGGGGAUGGGGUGGUGAUGCUCUCAAUCAUUCUGACGCUGGUUUAG